CAGCUCCAUCACUACCAUUCCCCUUUCAGUCACUAGGGAGAGACUCUGAACUGGAAAGCUGCUGUUAUCACACUCAAAGAGUCCCACAGCAGGCUGAUAGGAGCAGAGUCUGCACCGCACCGCCAUCCGCACACCGGCCUGCGGGACGCGUCGCUCUCUCCGCCCGGGAUGGAGAAAGACGCCUCUGAACCGGACCCAUCCCGCCAGCGGAACGGGGUCGUGGGCGUGCUGUACGGAGAGUUCACCGACAUGCUCAACGACAGGGUCCGGUACUCGGUGAGCUUGACGGAGAGCGCUCUGACCGUCCAGAAGAUCUCCUCAUCACCCGGCCGGACUAAGGUGGUUUUUAACUUGACCGACUGUAUCGGCUGCCGGGCUUACAGAGGGCCGGACAGCGCGGACGUCGGAGCCUACUUUACAGCCUAUUUCUACCCAUUCAAGAGGCGCUGGAUGAGCGCCGGAGUGGCCCGGCAGAGAGUGGAGCAGUGCUUUCGGGUCGCGCUGGUCCAGGACCCGCUCGCCAACCUCCAGGAGGCUGAGAGGUGGGCUCGUGCCAUCAGAGAUGCCUCGGUGCUGCGUGCGCCCCGGAGAGACGGUAUGGUUUACGCGGAGGUGCGUCGGCCCUGCCGAGUCAUGAUUCUGGUGAACCCUCACAGCGGCCGUGGCCAGGCUCUCCAGCUCUUUACUGGCCACAUACAGGGCAUGCUCACUGAGGCCGCUGUUCCCUACACACUCGUCAUCACAGAGCACCAGAACCAUGCACGGGAGCUCGUGAGGAAGGCGGACCUGUCGCAGUGGGACGCCCUGGUUAUCAUGUCGGGAGAUGGGCUGCUGUUUGAGGUGAUAAAUGGUCUGAUGGAGCGAGAGGACUGGCAAGAGGCCAUCCAGACCCCUCUGGGUAUUCUACCAGGGGGCUCAGGCAAUGCCCUGGCUGCCUCUGUCCACCACUACUCACAGUCCCCUCCAGCAUGGAACGAGGAGCUUUUAUUGAGCUGUGGCUUUAUGCUGUGCAAAGGUCUGGUUGGCUCCAUGGACCUGGUGUCGAUACACCUGGCCUCUCGGCAGCGCCUCUUCUCCUUCCUCUCCCUGGCCUGGGGCUUCGUGGCUGACGUCGACACCGAGAGCGAGAAGUACCGCCAUGUCGGAGCAAUCCGCUUCCUGAUGGGCACCCUGGUGCGUCUGGCUUCCCUCCGAGUCUACCAGGGCAGGUUAGCGUAUCUGCCUGUUACGGAGGCGCCAAAACGUCCCAAAGGGAGCAUCAAAGCUAACCACCCACCCUCCACACCUCAGCACCCCUCGCUCUGCUCCUCCCUUCCCUGUCGGCUCAUCCCCAACACCUCUCCAAACCAGAACUCUCGCCACAAUCACAACAGCACAAAUUCCAACCACAACACCAUCACCAACUCCUCCAACAACGCGAUCACCACCAAUAGACCUGAGACCCAGAGUGAUGGCAAGACCAGAGCACCGGAGGACUCUCGGCUUCCUGGCCUGGACCAGCCGGUCCCAGAGAGCUGGACAGUGGUCAAGGAGGAGGGCUUUGUCUUGGUGUUGGCUAUUUACCAGUCCCACCUGGCUGAGGACCUGUGGACAGUCCCUAGUGCGAUGGCAGACGACGGGGUGAUUCAUCUGUUCUAUGUGACAGCAGGAAUCUCCCGUCCAGCCCUCCUGCGCCUUUUCCUCGCCAUGGAGAAGGGCAGCCACUUGGAAUGCGGCUGCCCCCAUCUGGUGUACGAGAAGGUGAAGGCCCUGCGGCUAGAGCCCAUCUCUCCACAAGGCAUGAUCACUGUGGAUGGGGAGAUGGUGGAGUAUGGGCCUGUUCAGGCUCAAAUCCACCCAAGACUGGCCAGACUCAUUUGUGGAUGAACUGGGAUUAUCUUAAUCUUUUUCUGGCUGUGGAGCUUUCUAGUUUGGCCUUUCAUAUUCAGCGUCAAUUUCUUUCUGUAUGCUGUGUUUUCAGAAGUGCCAAAGACAUAUUAUCAGCCUGUGGAAAGUCCUGUAUUUUUCUACAGAAACAAUGUGUCUUAUUUUUAUGGACUUCCACCCCGUCCCCUCUUUCCCUCAAUGUUUGGUUCAGGGUCAAAGCAAUGGAUGGUUGUUCUUGCUGCUGGCUGGUCCCAGCUUAGAGAAACGGAUAGAGAUUGUGUGUGUGUGUGUGUGUGUGUGUGUGUGUGUGUGUGUGUGUGUGUGUGUGCGCAUAAGCUAGAGAGAUCUUUAUGUAUGUUUGUGUGUGUGUGUGUGUGUGUGUGUGUGUGUGUGUGUGUGUGUGUGUGUGUGUGUGUGUGUGUGUGUGCGUGCGUAUGUGGAGCUUCGGCACAUACCAGUGGCUGAGGAGUGCAUUGUGCACUCUGCUGUCGGACCUCAUAAGCAUGACACACGUGAAGAGAAGCACAUUUUCCCGUCCUGGGAGGCUCUUGGAGAAACCACGCCCCUUGUCCCCUUUGUCCCACCCCAGGCCAACAAUCUCCCUCUUGGGCAACCGCUCUGACAGCACUGCCUCCCCCUCAGCCUGGUAAAGAGGAGCAUUUUUUUGCUGAGGAGAUAUAAAUCCCCCAGGAAUUGGAUGUUGAAAAAUCUUUGAUUAUAGCUUAUGUAAACUCGAACAAUACCAGAUCCAGUCACACUAAGCAGUGAAUUUCACCCCCCCCUCCUUUAUGUGUAAGAAAACUUCUUCCAGCUGAUCAUACAUGAAGUGCUAGUGGAGCAGAGAGAAACCUGCCACCUCCACCACCGGCCGAUCCACUUCAUGCCCUGUCUGUUCUCUUACCCUGCUUCAUCUGCAACCAUCAUCAAACUGUAGGAACCGCCUCCACUCGCACAUAAACACACACUUUCUUUUCCCCAUCCCCCCUCCUCCUAUGCACAGCUCCUCACAUAUACACACAUACAGACACACACACACACACACACACACACACACACAAUCCCUUGCAUCUCUGCAGCACUUAGCGAGGGGGAGGGGCAUGGUCUGCUACUGUGCAUAUGAUCCCCUCUCCACUUGCCAUCUUAAGAUUGUACUGUUCCUCCCUCCUUUGGUUAAUGAGCCAUCAGCACCUAAUGUGUCCUUAGUAAGAAGCUUUACAUCUGCAAAAGCGUGCAAAAUAGAGUUGUUUAAUCAUAUGGAAGUGAGGAGUGAGUUUCAGCGCUAAACACUUAUUAGACUGAUUGAAGCUCACUUCAGUGCAGAGAGCAGCAUAGGUGAGGGGCGUGCGAUCAAUGUGGGCUGGACCGCUGUGUGGUCCACUGUGUGGUCUUUUUCGCUGGUUGUCGGUGCUGCGGGGAUGAGCAUUAAUGCACCGGAGCAAAGGGGAGUGCAAAGUGCCCUCCCUCCCUCCACACUCACACACACACACACUCUCUCACACCAGUUUAUUUUAGGUCAUGAUGACCGCACCAGAACUGUUACACCCACAGGUAUGCAGCAGCUGAAUAUCAUCACUUAGAGAGUGAGCUGUCUUUUCUGACCUUCUGACCGACAAAUCAUGUUCUUUAAUUGUAAAGAAAUAAAUAAAAACAGAAUGUCAACAGGGUAAAAGAGACAUUACUGAAUGGAUAACAACGCAAUCACCUCUCAAGCUAAAAGUGAAAAGUAGAAUGUUGAAAGGCUAAUGGGGUUCAAAGAAAUGCUGAUUGUGAGAUUUCCCAGGUUUUGGUGAAUACAUCAUUGUCCUCCUGUGUGCAUUAGAGUCAAUGCAAUGAGCUGGUAGCGAACAUCAUUUUCCUGCUGCUUUUGACUGGAGCUUGUGAACGAAGGAAAGUGUUUGGCUUCCUCUGGAACAGGUGUAAAUGUACACCUGUUCCCUGUUAAAUGUAAAUUUCUUCACAUAUUGCAAAAAAAGGAAGGUUACUUUAGGGACUGUACGACAAUUAUCAGGGUGUGGAGGGAGGCUGAGGCUUAUGUUUCACUCUGUGCCCAGCACAAUAGCUCCUUAGGACACUCCCUUUGACUGAGAGAAAAAUGGCUGAACUUCCUUAAUAGACAAAAAUGAUACAACACAUUAAGGCUGGGCGAUAUGGCCCAAAAUUUUAAUCUUGAUUUUUUUUUUUUUUAAGCUUGGGGCCGAUUCACAAUUUUAAUUUACAAAAUGCAACAAGACUAAAACAUGAUUGAAAUAUAGUUUUUUGGACUUCAUUCAAAUGUAUUAAUAAUAAAAACCCGCACCACCUGCGUUAUGCACAUAAAAAAACAUUCCAUACAGCUAUGGACUAAGCAGACAUCCACUUUAAUUAUCAAUUCCUGUAUAAAUAGAGCAGAAAAUAUAUUUGUAUAUAUAUAUAUAUUUGCUAGCAUUAGCUGCCCAGCAGGUAAAGACAGACUAAAUAAAGUAGAAUCCGCACACUGAUCACUAGACUCCUUUAAAAAUUUACUUUUAGUGCACAUUUCAAAAAACUCUCAAAAUAUUUUUUUGCGAAUUUCUACAUUUUACACAUCGUUCACAAACUAAAUGUCACAUUAAUCAAAUUCAUUCAAUAUAUACAGUACAUUGCCCAGCAAAACAUUGCUGAUAUUUGGAAGGUGGGAGCUACUGCGGGCCAGUAAAAAAUGUCUCCCUGCUGAGACAAUUUUUAGUCAGUCACUAGAGAUCUCUUUCAUUCUGCUUCUCAAAACUGACAGCUAGUCUUAGCUAGUCGAUUGUGUUGAGCAAAAUAAAGCCCAGAUACAAAGAAAAGAAAUUUCCCCUCUGACCCAUGGUGUACACCAGAGCCAUCUUUUUGAUGUAAAUAUUUGACCCCCACCCCUUAAUAAUUUCUGUAUACUCCCUAAAUGAACCAUACUUGAAGCUGACCUCUUCCAUCCUCCAGCUUCACUGCAGUGCCGACAGUUUGCCUAAAACUUGAUUUUACAUCCUGAGACAUUUACAUUUGCUGUGUGAUAGUCAUAGCUACAACUGGUGUCCAACAUACUGUACCUUCUGCCAUUACUGUAACCUCAGCAAAGUUAUCCAGGUGCUUUGAAUGCAUUAUCGUGUUCUGCAGGCUGCUCUCGUGAAAUCGCAGCUGCCUGCAUGCACUGUUCAUUACUAAAUGUAUAAAGUACAUCUCAUAAGGGUAGAGAUAAGCUAUGCAAAUGCCUUGUCAUGGCUGCAGACAUCUGAAGUGAGGGGGCCCUCUGCUGGACCACUCACAUGCACUCAAUGAGCGAUCCUGAAAUAUAUCCUCAUGGCGUACAAUGCAAUCUCUGCAGACUGCCACCCCUUUCCUGCUUCUUAUAUUUACAGUCAUGAGUGGGUCACAACAUUAAGCCCAGCUGCAGGAGACGUUUCAUUCUUCAUACAAAUCAUCAAUAAUGGAAGCCAACAUCCAUCUUAUUGUAAUGUAUCGUGAAAGAAAUGUACUUGAUGCUUGCAUAGAAACACAGCUGCAAAUCAUAAUCAAUGUCAACAUCUUGGUGUAGGGCGUCAUUACACUACUGUUAACUUAUGGUACUAUACUGUUCAAGUGUAUAUUCCACUCGUUGCUUUAAUGUUAACAGCAGUUAACACAAAUGUUAAUACUCGUCUUUGUCAAUACUGUCAUGUCAUAGAGUGAGAACUGAAAUGAGAACCAAUGAUGUUUUUAUGAACAUGUUUUCUGUACCGUGGACACUAUGUUGAACUCAAAAUCUCUUGAGUUGUAUCCUCACUUAUAGAAAGCCUGAAAUGUCAUUAUUUACAGAUAGAAGUUGAAUAUUUUAUUCAUUGCUUUGUUGUUUAAUGUGGUGAUAUAAACUGGCUUUUAGUGCAGUAGGUCAGGGGAUCCAUGUGGUGUGGUUGAAUGUGUUAUUCUGUCUAUGUUAGUUUAAAAAAAAAAAAAAUGUAAAUUGUGUGCCACGUAUUUGCAGCUUUUUCACUUC